AUGCGCUGGAUUUCGAUAUCGCUCCUGGCUGCAGGUCUGAUUACAGAUGUGUUUGCCAGCGUGCAUCAUUACCAUGCUCAUCGCCACCGUCAUCACUUGAUGCAUCAUGGACCGAAGCUAGAUUCAAGGGAUUUGGCCCAAGACAAUGUGCAAAACAUACCCGAGGAUGUGGUGGUGUCCACCACGCUCACGACAACGACAACCAUUUACGGAAAAUGUGCGCCAACCAGUACCGUCUCGACAACGCUGGAAACUAUCAAUGCGAAGCCUGAGCCAACGCAAAAGUUCAACCCCGAGCAUGAAUACCCCCAGCCACUGUGGAAUCCAUUUGGGUCAAACACAGAACCGACCAGUAUAAAGCCUCAUCUCCCCGAACCGGAGCCCACAUCUACGACCUUCAUCACAAAAACAAUCCACAAGACGGCGACAGACACAGUGGUAGUCACUGUAUACCCAGAAGAUCGUCCCACAGCACUACCAAACCCACCACCCAGACCCCCAACAGACAAGAUCUCGCUAGCAGACACGCUUCCGCAGGAUUCCUCAGAAGAGAAAGUAGCAGGGAAGGAACCACCCAAACCAGCACCACCAAAGCCAGCACCACAAAACAACAGUCCUGUCAAUGCAGUCCUCGACUUGCCCGGCCAAGUCCUGCCCGACAUCCCCGUUGUCAACCAACUCAUCCCCGGCCAAAAGCCCAAACCACAUCCCCCAAGCCCGGUCGAUUGGACAGCCACGCCACCAAAAGGCGAUUUCUCGCUGAAAGGGUUCGGCGGCCGAACACCCGGCAAGGGCAAUGAAAUUCACUAUCAUGGCAACACUGGCAAGCCAUGGGGUAGCAACAUAAUAAUGAUCGAUAACUUCGAGGCCCACCGGUUCAAAUACGUUGUAAAAUUCAGCGGCUCAAACGACAAGCCCUGGACAGUCGUUGUGUGGAACAAGAUCGGACCAGAUGGGAAACUGGAUGGAUGGUACGGACACUCAGCCGUGACAUUCACUCUCCCACCUGGAGAAACAAGAUACGUUGCCUUUGACGAAGACUCAGAGGGGGCAUGGGGUGCUGCGCCAGGCGAUCAUCUGCCGAAAGAUAAAUAUGGCGGAUACUCAUCUACAUGGGGCGAAUUCUCAUUUGGGGACGGUGAAAAUAAUGGUUGGUCUGGGUGGGAUGUUUCUGCUAUUCAGGCUCAGAUUGCGAAGCAGCAUGUGCAGGGGAUGUCGAUUUGUCAGGCUGAUGGGAAGGGGUGUUCUGUGAUUACGCCUGGUGCGAAACGGGUGGUGGAUGCUUAUACUGAGGCGGAGAAGCAUAAGGAUGGUAUUGGGGGUGCGGCUUCUCCUGGGCCUGUGAGGUUGGAUGUUGUACUUGAUUAUCGUGGGUAA